AUGUCUCGAACUAAGAAGGAUUAUACGAAAGCUCGUCUCCUUCGGAUUCCCAAACACAUACCGGCACACCUUCCACCGGCCGAGUCCAAUCGAACUCAGACACCGGAUUUACCUGAUAGAAGAGAAUCUGCAUCAAGCAAAACGUCCACAGCACUGCCACGAGUCACGGAAUCCACUACGCAAAAAGUCUCAGUCAAUUUGGGACGUUCUCUUGGCCGUAGAGUACCACUGUCUGAAAUGAGCUCUCAAGAAACGACUGAGACAAACGGUUUGUUGGCACCUCGGUCGACCAAUCCCGGAUCGGAACUGCUCUACUCACUGCUCAUCGAUCCGUCCACAUGCGAGUCCACUGCCGAAUUGCCAUCUGGGCUUUCGCGGACCCGAUCGAGUGAAGAUCAAACGCGUAGCACGGGUCAAAUAUCGGAACGAGACCAUAGCAACCAGAUCGAUUCCGCAGUUCGAGAGAAACAGAUCACCCAAUCCAUCUCUCACACAUCGGAUCUCCUAGCCUCGGCUGAUCCUUCUGGAUUUCAUGGAGACGAAUCUGUCACUUUGUCCACUGUCACACGGGAUGAACUCCGUGUAUACCCGAUAAAGUGUGCCUACAACCCAGUACAAAGCCGUGAAGACGAACAAAUCAGCAUGAUUGCCAGUCAACAGCAUCGACCGGUCGAUGUGACUCUGGCCACCCAGGAUCCGAANAGUCAGACGACAUCGGUUUUACUAAGCAAACAGGAAGAGAAACGGGAUCGAGAAAGAAAAACCCGAUUAUUGAAAACUUUAGAAGCGUUAGAUCAAGGAAAUUCUGUCGGUGACAACCCGCAUGCGUAUCCUGGGUCCGCACCGAGGCCAAAAGAAGAAAUCUGCACGACCACAAGCGCACGCAAUCAGUCCGACUUGGCUGGAAAUUUCACCAGGUUGCUUCGCACAUACACUCCUAUUAUUGGUCACCGAUAUCACCAACUCAAUUCCGAGUCACGUGGUCGAAAAUUGUGA